GCCCCAUCUCUCCCCAUCUCUCCCCAUAUCUCCCCAUAUCUCCCGCACGGCUCGCUCGAGGUUCCACAUCGCCCCAUAUCUCCCCAUCUCUCCCCAUCUCUCCCCAUACCUCCCGCACGGCUCGCUCGAGGUUCCACAUCGCCCCAUCUCUCCCCAUCUCUCCCCAUCUCUCCCCAUAUCUCCCCAUAUCUCCCGCACGGCUCGCUCGAGGUUCCACAUCGCCCCAUCUCUCCCCAUCUCUCCCCAUCUCUCCCCAUAUCUCCCCAUAUCUCCCGCACGGCUCGCUCGAGGUUCCACAUCGCCCCAUCUCUCCCCAUCUCUCCCCAUCUCUCCCCAUAUCUCCCCAUAUCUCCCGCACGGCUCGCUCGAGGUUCCACAUCGCCCCAUCUCUCCCCAUCUCUCCCCAUCUCUCCCCAUAUCUCCCCAUAUCUCCCGCACGGCUCGCUCGAGGUUCCACAUCGCCCCAUAUCUCCCCAUAUCUCCCCAUAUCUCCCCAUAUCUCCCCAUAUCUCCCGCACGGCUCGCUCGAGGUUCCACAUCGCCCCAUAUCUCCCCAUAUCUCCCCAUAUCUCCCCAUAUCUCCCCAUAUCUCCCCAUAUCUCCCGCACGGCUCGCUCAAGGUUGCGCCCGCACGCUCACUCGCCGCCGGAUCGCGCGCGCGCGUGGCGCCAACCCUCCCUUCUCCCCCCCCCCCCCUUUUUAAAUAGAUCCAGGAGGCGAAGCUUGCCCUUCUCGACUAGCUCGAUCCAGUCGAGAAAGGUGUCCCAGAAAGACACCAAGGACACGCCUUCCCCAUGCAAUACAGACGGCCUCCGCCUGGAGACCACAGAGAACGCCAGCCUCUACUGA